AUUGCAGGGAUUAGACUAUAUUCCUCAGCAGAGGGAUUAUUAGGAGCUUUUAGAGAAGGAUAAAAGCUUUUCCCCACAUCAGCACAUCUGAAUGUGAAACUAUAACCUAGACAGAAGCCUAUAUGGAAACAUAACAGAGAAAGAGAAUAGACAAAUACAGAAUGUAUAAACUCCGGACUAAUACCGCAACGGCUCUAAAGGGGAGUUCCACCGAAUAAUAAAAAAGAUGACUAUCCAAACGAGCUCUGAAUCUACCUGAACACCCACCUUCUGUACAUGGUCUGUAUAGACUGAAGAGUGACUGAAAUGUGUUGACAAUAGAAGAGGAUGCCAAGGUCACCAUGCCUAUUGCCAAGCAUAGACUAGAGAGAGCCAUGAGCAGGAACUACAUCUCGAAGUACAAUGAGCUCCGCAAGGGUGACUACCUGUGUUCCAACAACAAGGAGUACAAAGCAGUCUUUCAGGAAGAUGGUAACUUUGUCAUCUAUGGCUGGAAGCCAGUGUGGUCAUCUGACACAGGCGUGAAAGAUGCCCACUGCCUGUGCAUGCAGGACACCUGCAACCUGGUCAUGUAUAGGAAGGACGACAAGGCUGUGUGGCACACCAACACUCUGUACCUGCGCAAUGACAGCAUCCUGGUCAUUGAGAAGGAUGGAGAGGAGGUGUGGAACUCGGCCCUGUCCAGGGGGCAGAAGUGAAGGGACUGAUGCUCCUUUGGGCAGCCAGUGUGGCUGAUUGAUCCACAUACCCUCUGACCCUGCUGUGAUUUUGAUAUUUCCCAAUAAAGCUCUAGUAGAUUAGA